AUGUCUGCCCUUCUCGAACAAUACCGCGUGCUCCUCGAAGAAUACUACGAAACCUACUCCCAACAACUGCUUGCGAAGAUACCUGUCAUUUCCACCCAGACCUACGUCCUCACCGGGCUCGCCAUCUGCAUACCUCCCAUAAUCGCCCUGAUCAUCUACGAGCGAGAACAAGCCAGACUCCUCGCUGAGCAACCAAAGGGCUGCAGGAAACUUGGUCUGAAGAUCGAUUCCAACCUGCUCAAUGAGUUCGACAAGAAGUUCUCCGAGGGCCGCCCCCCAUCCACCGAGGAGACGUCAGCAGAGUGGUGGCGGCUGAAGAGCCUGUGGAUCUACCCCGUCAAGAGCUGCAGAGGUGUAGAGCUGAACAGAGGGACCGUGAUUGCGACCGGCAUGGAGUACGACCGCCAAUUCACGUUUGCUCAGCUCAAGAGCCCCGUCCCCGUCAACGCUGCCACCCCCGAGAAGGAAAAGGCCGCGGCACACAAGUGGGAGUUCAUUACGCAGAGACAGUUUCCUCUGUUGGCCCAGGUACGGACUGAGAUGUGGGUUCCGGAUCAGUCAGUGGACACGUACACGCCGCACGCCGAGGACGUCGAGUCAGGAGGUGUCAUUAUUAUGAGUUUCCCAUACCAAGAGGCUGGAUGGAGAGGUGUGGUUGCGAAGUGGGGAGCCUCUUUCAAGGGUACGGUUCCUGAGAAGCAGUUCCGUAUCCCCUUCGAUCCAUCUCCAGUGCAGAUCGAGAAGGCAGGCUACUCGUUUGAGAAGAUGACUAUCUGGAAGGAAACCGUCACCGCGCUGAACCUGGAGAUCGAGAUCCCUGAGGAGCUGAGAUAUUACCUUGGUAUUAGCAACAAGCUGGGCCUCUUCAGAGUCGACAGCUCCAAGCCGCGGGAGGUGUUCAGAAAUGCUCCAACGAAAGAGGAGUUGGGAUACCAGCCUGUGACUGGUUUCCAAGACGCCUACCCCAUUCACCUUAUCAACCUGGCCAGCGUUCGCGACGUCGAGCGCCAGAUGCCCAAAGUCAAGGGUGCCCCUCGUUUGUCCGCCGCCCGCUUCCGCGCCAAUCUGAUCAUCACUGGUCCUGAAGCCUACCACGAAGACACCUGGAGACGAAUCAAGAUCGGUUUCUACGAGUACGACGUAUCGUGCCGCACCGCCCGCUGCAAGAUGCCCAAUGUGGACCAGGUCACCGGCGAACGACACGCCAGCGAGCCCGACCAGACGCUGCGCAGCUUCCGCGCCGUAGACGCCGGGACCGGCCCAAACAUCGGCUGUCUGGGCGUGCAAAUGGUUCCGAUUUCGAAGGAGAGCGCGCUUCGCGUCGGAGACGAGAUCACAGUCCUGGAAGUUGGUGAGCACGAAUACGUCAAGCAAUGA